AAAAAAAAAAACUGGGAAAGUGAAACCGAAAAUGAAUCGACUGCUGUAUUCAGUAAAAUGGCAGAAGUUAGAUUUUCGCUGGAGGAGUUCAUGUGUCCAGUGUGUCUGGAUCUUCUGAAGGACCCGGUGACCAUUCCCUGUGGACACAGUUACUGUAAGACCUGCAUUACAGGCUGCUGGGAUCAGGAGGAUGACAAGAGAGUCUACAGCUGCCCUCAGUGCAGGGAAGCCUUCAAUCCGAGACCUGCUUUAGCUAAAAACACCAUUCUCGCUGAAAUGGUGGAGAAACUAAAGACUAAACCUCCUGCUGACUGUUACGCUGGAGCUGGAGAUGUGCAGUGUGACGUCUGUACUGGAAUUAAAUACAAAGCAAUCAAGUCCUGUCUGGUGUGUCAGGAAUCUUACUGUCGAACUCAUUUUGAUCGUCAUGAGGAGUUUCACUCUCGUAAGCCACACAAAGUGAUUGAUGCCAGAGAACGACUGCAGGACAUGAUCUGCCGGAAACAUGAGAAGGAGCUAGAAAUGUACUGUAUCACUGAUCAAAUGUGCAUAUGUCUGAUGUGUAAAGAGUAUGAACAUAAAAACCACGAAACUAUGUCAACAGCAGCACAGAGGACAGAGAAACAGAAAGAGCUGAAGGAGACACAGAUGAAGCUCCAGCAGAGAGUUCAGCAGAGACAGAAGGAUCUUCAGCAGCUGAGAGAGGCUGUGGAGUCUCAGAAGCGCUGUGCACAGACAGCAGUGGAGGACACUGACAGGAUCUUUACUGAGAUCAUCCGCUUAAUUGAGAGAAGACGCUCUGAGCUCACACAGAUGAUCAGAGAUCAGCAGAAGACUGCAGUGAGUGAAGCUGAAGGACUCAUGAAGCGACUAGAGAAGGAGAUCGAUCAUCUGAGGAGGAGAGGUGCUGAGCUGGAGCAGCUUUCACACACACAGGAUCACAUCCAUUUCCUGCAGAGUUUCCAGUCUCUCUCAGCUCCUCCUGAGUCUACAGAUGUUUCCUUCAAUCCUCUCUUGUCUUUUGAUGACUUGAAAGAAUCUGUUCAACAGCUGAAAGUCAAACUGGAGGAUUUCUGCAAAGAGGAGAUCAGGAAGACCUCUGACAAAGGGACACCCAUAUUGAAUGACCCUUUCAAAGACACAUUCGCCAACAUUGUUCCCAAGACCACGAGAGACUUCCUAAAAUAUUAUUCUCGAUUCACUCUGGAUCUGAACACAGUGAAUAAAUACCUCUGCCUGUCAAGCAACAUGAUUACCUACACUAACACACCACAGCCGUAUCCUGAUCAUCCAGACAGAUUUGAUCAGUUGUGCCAGGUGUUGUGUAGAGAGAGUGUAAGUGGACGGUGUUACUGGGAGAUUAAGUGGAGUGGAUAUGGCGUGUGUAUAUCAGUGUCAUAUAAGGGCAUCAGAAGGAAGGGACAAAGUAAAGACUGUAUAUUUGGAGGUAAUGAUCAGUCAUGGUGUUUGUUCUGCUAUCCCGGUGAUCAUUCAUUCAUUCACAAUGACCUAAAAACUGUUCUCCCAGUACAAUCCAUCAGCAGUAGAGUAGGGGUGUAUGUGGAUCACAGUGCAGGAAUUCUGUCCUUCUACAGCGUCUCUAACACAAUGACUCUUAUCCACAAAGUCCAGACCACCUUCACUCAGCCACUCUACCCUGGGUUUAAUGUGAAUGGUUACAAAUCAUCAGUGAUACUGUGUUGAUGAAUCAAAGUAGCUUGUGAACCCCUUCGUUGUAAACUACUCACUCACUAUCCUUCGGCUUUUAUUAGGGGUCAUCACAGCACGUUUCAACCAAUACACAUAUGAGGUGGAAUUUAAAUAAUGACACCAAUAAAGGGCAAGCAACUUACAUUUCCAUGUUAACCUCACGCACGUAAGUUGUCCUUUCU